AUGCAACCACGCCUGCGCUACGACGAUGUCGCCUGGGAGAAAAGCGAAGCCGUCGCCGAUGGAUUCCUGGUCAGACACCAUCGUCCUGGCGAUGCUGUCGAAUUCAGUUUUCUGGAGAAAGGCGCAUACAACAUCUCUUUCCAGAUGAAGUACAAGAAUGCAAACACUGCCAUAAUACGUUUCCCCCAGCCAGGUGCCACCAUGUUUCCUGAAGAGAAAGUCCGUAAUGAAGUCGCUACCAUGCGAUACAUUUGCAAUCAGACUUCAAUCCCCAUUCCUUUUGUCCACCACUGGGGGACAAGGAAGGAGAGUCCUCUGGAAUUAAGUCCUUUUAUUAUUAUGGACUAUAUUGACCAUGAUACAAACAUGUAUGAUGCUCUUAACACGCCUGGGUGCCCAAAGGAAGAUCGUGGAACUCUUGACCCGGAUAUCAGUGAAGCAAAAUUAGAGGCUCUUUACGGAGAGGUUGCAAGUAUUUUGCUUCAGCUUUCUCGACCAGCUCUACCCCAGAUAGGGUCACUAGACCAGGUUGACGAUUUCACCUGGAGAGUGACACAUAGACCUUUAUCAAUUCCUAUGAAUACUCUGAUUCAACUGGGAUCCUUACCCCAAUCGAAACUACCAACCACGACAUUCAACACCACGUCCUCAUACUUUGAAGCCCUAGCGGAGCUGCACAUCGCUCACCUUAUGAACCAGCGCAAUGAUGCAAUUGACUCAGCCGAAGACUGUCGGCGCAAGCUUGUUGCUCGAUAUCUUUUCCGCAAACUCGCCAGAGAACAUCAUUUAACAAAGCAGUUGGCAUCCUUUGAUAAAGGCCCGUUCAAACUUUGGUGCGAUGACUUCCGCCCAGCUAACAUCCUCAUGAACAAGGAGCUGAAAAUUGUCGGCGUUGUAGACUGGGAAUUCACAUAUGCCGCCCCAGUCGAAUUCUCCUUUGCGCCACCUUGGUGGCUUUUGAUUGAAAAGCCUGAAUACUGGCCUCGAGGCCUUGACGACUGGUGUAGCGAGUAUGAACGACGCCUUCAAACCUUUCUCAGCGUGAUGAGAUACCAAGAGGACCAGGCAAUCGAACAGGGCUGGCUAAAGAGUACGCAGCGGCUCUCUGGCCUGAUGCAAGAUAGCUGGGAGAGUGGAGACUUCUGGAUUGCGUAUGCGGCAAGGAAUAACUUUGCCUUUGACUUGGUAUACUGGCACAAGAUUGAUCAGCGAUUCUUUGGGCCGACCUCUUCUCCCAUCGACGAUGUUUGGAAGCAGAGACUUGAUUUCUUGGAGCCUGAAGAGAGAGCUGAUAUCGAAAGAAUCGUGGCGAUAAAGCUCGAAGAGAUGAAGACUCGGUCAUUGGCUUGGGACCCGGACGAUUACACCAAGGAGGUCGCAGAGAAAGGCUCUGAGGGUAACGCAGCUAAUGGAGACGAAAACGGAGGACCUGAAGCUGGAGCAGACGACGGUGGUGAUGUUGCAUUGACUAUCACAGUGAAUACAUACAACACUUAA